AUGCUAUAAAACCGACCACACCACUUCAGCGGAAAGACUCUGAAGCUUCCGUCUACACAACAGCGAGUUUUGGCUAUAUUUCAUCGUUUUUUGGGUCAUACUUCAUUGGAAAGGACUAGAAGAAGUCCACUUGUUCUCUGUUCGUGUUUUUGUAUUCGUUUUCAACGGCAUUAUGCAGGCCAUCAAGUGUGUUGUAGUCGGAGAUGGGGCUGUGGGUAAAACAUGUCUACUGAUCAGCUAUACUACAAAUGCCUUCCCUGGCGAAUAUAUCCCAACUGUAUUUGACAACUAUUCCGCAAAUGUAAUGGUAGAUGGAAAGCCCAUUAAUCUUGGACUAUGGGAUACAGCGGGUCAAGAAGAUUACGAUAGACUAAGGCCUUUAUCAUAUCCUCAGACUGAUGUAUUUCUCAUCUGCUUCUCUCUCAUAAGCCCUGCUUCAUUCGAAAACGUUAGAGCAAAGUGGUAUCCAGAAGUCAGUCAUCACUGCCCAAACACACCAAUUGUUUUAGUUGGAACUAAACUUGACCUUCGAGACGACAAGGAAACUAUAGACAAACUAAAAGAGAAGAAACUGGAUCCUAUUACCUACGCCAAAGGAUUGCAACAAGGAAAGGAAAUCGGUGCUGUGAAGUAUCUCGAAUGCUCAGCAUUGACUCAGAAAGGACUAAAAACAGUGUUUGAUGAAGCAAUUAGAGCAGUUCUGUGUCCUUCAAAACCUGUCAAGAAAAAGAAAACUUGCCAGCUUCUAUGAUUUUGGUAUUUUCAUCGGCAAAAUGGUAUUCUUGAUUGCUUUGAUAGUACAAACCUACUGUAAUUUUCCUAUAUAAGCUGCGUCAUUCAUACAAGGUCUAAACUUUUCUAAAUUGUCUUUUCUUUGAUAUCAAAAUACAAGAAACAACCAAAAAUAGUAGGAGCACAGGAAAUACAAACUCACAAUCAAAACRACCGCUUGCUUUCAUACUUUUGGUGACUAAAUUAGUCAGCCUUCCUUGUACAUACAUGUAUAUGCUUCAUGUAUGAAUAAUUUUAAAAUUCCAAAUUUAUUUUCAAGUAUGGUAGUGAUUUCUGUUGGCAAUGAUGAGUAUUGUCCAGACKAUUGAUUAGUACAAGAUAUCUUUCAGUCAUAGAGAUACAUAGUUACAUGCUGAUGAGCAUUUCAUUCCCCACUAAUUAAUAUUUUGUCUAAAGGGCACAACAUUCAUCUUCCUAAGUUAGAUUAUCAGAGCGUUCUUUAAUUACUAGAAGUUAACAACUCAAACAGACAAUUUCGUCAAAUUUUAUUUUAAAACAAUUUGUCUAAACUUGUCCUAAAAGCAAAGGACAGAAAUCUUUUACUCUAAGUUUAAAUCUCCUUUACUGGAACCAGGGAAUGACACUCACACAUUGAUAAUUAUAAUACAUCGCAUGUGCUGUAAUCCAUUUGAAUGGAUAAUGAGAAUUUGGAAAAWUAUUUGAGUGGAUUAAACAGUGAAAGGAAAGAAAUGUUGUGUUCAUUGGAGACAAUAAUAUUUUAAGGGGAGGAAAGUUCUCAACAAGAGCAUUAUCUGCACAAAAGAAAAAAWUGAAACAUCAAUAAAUUUUUGUAAAAAAAAAUAAUAUGUGUAAAAAAUAUUGCUUUAGAUUCUAGUUGUCUCGCUGUAUCAUCUAUAUUUUCUAAGAAUAAACCAUUAGUGUUCUUCAAAUUAGCUUGGUUAUUUUUGCRCAUUGUAUCAAAACYUGUCAACUUAAUUYUUCUCUUUGAAACAGUUUUUACAAAUUCUCCAUUCAAAAAUGCUGCUUUUAAUAUUUUCAUUAUUAAACUGCAUGUAUACCCUCAUCAUAUUUUUGAACAAAUGGCCAACAGAAUUUGACUGAACACAAGUUGUUUUUGUAUAAUAUUUUGAAUAGUUAUAGGUUAUUUCUCAAGAGGAAAAGUCUCCUUUGCCAUUCCCCACACAUCCUUGUAAUGUAACAGUGCCUUUGCAUUGAAGCAAGACAAUCGGCGAGUAAGCAGUGAUAGAAAACAAUGAAUACAUUGUCUAUUGGUGUGAGCAGAUGUUUCUGCCAUUGCACGCUCACUGGUUGUUUGUCUUCAAUGCUAAUGGUGCACUUACAUUUCAAGAUGGCACAGAGAAAUUUGAAGUAGACUACAUGCAUCUAUAUUUUAGCCAARUCCCACCAUUAACCAGUCAAUAAUAUUCUGCUUGUUAAUCGCAUCACAUUGGUCAAAAAUUUAAAUUUCAUUGUAAUGUUUUAAUUAUCUUCUUGACAGAAAAUCCCAUUCGGAGAGGGGAGAAAUCUAAUUUGCUAAAAUCCCAGUUUUCAUUUUACACCAUGCAUGAGGACCAUCGAGUAGUGUUUUUAAAAUAAUGAAAGAACUAACGUAAAAUAGAAUGUAGCAUGAUCAUUUUUUUAAAUAAAAACCUCUGUUCUCUAAAAAAAUGUAAAUGACAUUUUUGCAUGUGAAAAUGGAAUUCACCAGAAAAAAAACCCGGCUUUAAUAUUAAUAAAAACUUUUCCUGGUAAAAGUUCUUAUUUUUCUUGGAUAUUUUAAAAUUCAUAAAAUCUCAUCACUCAAAAAAUAAAUAUGUCUGUAUACAAAUGCAAAAAGCACAUGUGUUUCCAUGAUAGCAUUUUUAUCUGAACUGGAAAUGGAUAAGAUAAGUCAUAWGUUAAGCAUAAAGGUGAAAAGAGAUUUUGUAAUGUGAGCCAAGAAAGACAUGUUGUCAUUUUGUGUUCAACUUGAAUCUCUUUCAAACAUACUUUUUGAAUUGUCACAAUUAUUUGUCAAAUACACCUAUUUUGUUGUGUGAUUAAAGUGAGCUCUUUUAUA